UUUAAGACAAAGCCACCUGCGGACAAGAGAAAUGGCUUUCGCUAAGUUGUUUAAGAGGCAGUUGUUGAGGAUCUUCUCACUCCUCCUCAUGGGUAUGUUCCUUACCUUUGUCCUUCGGGAAACUGGCUCCAACAGGCACUCAUUGCCUGAUAUGAGAAUACCACAGCAGUUCUCUGUGGACCUGCCUGGCUGCUUGGCUAUCAUCAGUGGAAAUGUGGAGGGCAAGAAAGGUGAAUUAGAAGUGCUUCUGGGAUCCAGGAAAAGACAGAAACCUUUAUCGGAGGACUUCUACUUGAACGUGACAAAGGACUGUCCAUCUUACAUUGACAAGAGAGGUUUCAUCACAGAGCCUCUCAGUGAAGAGGAGGAGGAUUUUCCCCUCGCCUACUCCAUGGUGAUCCAUGAGAAGAUUGAGAUGUUUGAGCGACUUCUGCGAGCUGUUUACUCUCCUCAGAACGUCUACUGUGUGCAUGUGGACCAGAAAUCCUCUAAAGAAUUUCAGAAGGCUGUGGAGGCAAUCGUUUCCUGCUUUCCUAAUGUGUUUAUUGCCAGUAAAUUAGAAAGAGUCAUCUAUGCCUCAUGGUCCCGAGUGCAGGCAGAUUUGAACUGCAUGAAAGACCUUCUGGACUCAAACGUCCAGUGGAGGUACCUGCUGAACACCUGUGGGACAGACUUCCCCAUCAAAACCAACGGAGAGAUGGUUCAGGCACUGAAGGUCCUCAACGGGAAAAACAGCAUGGAGACGGAGGCCACGAACGACUACAAGAAAACCCGCUGGCUGUAUCACUACAAUGUAACGGACUCUGUAGUAAGGACGGAUAUAAAGAAAAGUCCUCCACCCAUUAGCAGCCCAAUGUUCACAGGAAAUGCUUACUUUGUGGUCACGAGAGCCUUUGUGAAACAUGUGAUGCAGGACAGAGAGGUUCAGCAACUCUUGGAGUGGGAGAAAGACACAUUCAGCCCUGAUGAGCACUUGUGGGCCACCCUACAGAGGAUGCCCUCUGUUCCUGGAUCAAUGCCUGCCAACGACAAGUAUGACGUGUCAGACAUGCAAGCUCUCGCUCGUGUGGUGAAGUGGGGCUAUUUAGCAGGAGAUGUGAAAAAAGGAGCCCCGUACUAUCAUUGCACUGGCACAUAUAGAAGAUCAGUUUGUGUGUAUGGAGCCGGGGACCUCCCGUGGCUCCUGGGACAACACCACCUCUUUGCAAAUAAGAUGGACCCUGAGGUUGAUGAUAUUGCUAUUAGAUGUAUGGAGUCAGUUCUGCGUUUCAAAGCUUUAGGCCAUGACCCACUGUUAAGGGAUGAAUACUCCACUAUUUAAAGCUGAUAAUCAUUUGAAAUGUGAAAUAUAGAUCGUCUCAUUGAUAUGCUGUUGUUGAUGUCACAGCUUUGGUCACCGUUUACUUCCUAUCAGGUAUCAAGAAAACUACAAGUUUAACAAUUAUUCGUUUAUUGUUUUUGUUUUUUAAGGUUUCCUUGUCAGCUAUUGCACAACAAACAGAAAAUAUAUUUGAUUUACAAUGUUUACAUUGUCAAGUUUGAACUGGUCUAUAAUGUAUUAGAUAUGUAUAUAAAUUAUUCUGUGGCUGUUGUUAGUAUAUUGUUGUGAUCUUCUGUAUUCUCUUAUACGUUUUUAACAUUUUUAUAUUAUUGUCAAGUUAUUAAUAAGGAUGUUGUAAUUUCUGAUAAUACUCCUGUCCUUUAUUCAUGAGAUUUCAAUUUAAUCUGUAUUUGUGAUGCCAUCUAGUAGACUGUAAGUGGAAGGUGUACAAAGCAAAGUUUGGUAUUUAUUAUGUGAAUGUUGAAUAUUUCUUUUGUAACCACUAGAAAACUGUGACCAAAAAAAACAAACAAACAAAAAAAAAAACAUACAAAACAAUGAUGUGGAUCCAUGACUUUACUUGGAGAAAAUGUAACAUUAAUACCUAACAUCUUUGCUUCAGAUUGUUGCUCUCACAAAUGUUUCCCCUCCACGAGUCAGAGGGCACAUUCAGGUGAGAGGUAAAACAUUAAACAAUAUUCCCCCCAGGCAGGAUUUUGAUUGAGAUCGUCAGCAGUGAACAGUGAAAAAAAAAAAAAAA